UCCUAGUUGAGUGUGUCGGUCUGUGUGUUUGCACCCGCGGAUAAACUCUCGAAGAGUGCUCAACAGGAGUUGGUAGGCUACAAGGCACAAGCUGUGGCGCAUGGUGUAUGGUGUCGUUGUCUGUUUUCGCCAUUUCUCCAAAAAGCCCUUAAGAAGUCACGGCCCCGGUCGGGUGGAAGUCUUCUUCAUCCUCAUUGGUUUGUCCACACCCCUUUGGAGAUAAGGACGGGCGCAAGCCUUCCGCUUCGCUCGCAGCAGAGGGAGAAAGUGACACUCGUGAAACUGGAGGGCAAAUUACAAGGGAGCUUCACUGCAUUGCGUGAAUAAGUCUCUUGGAUAUUAUUUGUGUCAUUUGCCUAUUUCUGAUGAAGGAAUUCGCUGAAUUAAUUUCCUUUUUAUUGAUUUGACAUUUUCAUUUGAAAUUCGGAUUCAAAGAUUUGGAGUGACUUCGGCUGAUAGGCUACCUACCCUGGCGACAGACAUGGAGUCCCUCCAGAGCUGUGUCCACCAUGUCCCUCUCAUUGCGCACGUCGCGCAGAGUCAUCUCCAGAUCCAUCACUAGGAGCCAGUCCUUUGCUGGGGUCAACUCCUACGAUAAGCCCUACAGGAACCUAUCAGUGUUCAGCACCCCGGUGGUCACCAGGAAGCCCUCCAGAGUCAGCAGGAUGUUCACCCUCUCUGCUAAAUCACCACCGCCCAAGGUGCCCCAGCCUGAGAGGCUAGACGAGGUCUACGAGGCUCUGAAGAGAGGCCUGCAGUCUUACCUACAGGUGCACCAGAUGGAGCUGGACAGCCUGAGCCAACAGAUGAGGGAGUCCAAGAGGAACUCUCGUCUGGGGUUUCUCUAUGAGCUGGAUAAGCAAGUAAAAGUGAUUGAGAGGUUCAUGCGACGGCUUGAGUUCCAUCUAAGCAAGAUUGAUGAGCUGUAUGAGGCCUACUGUAUGCAGCGCCGGCUGAGGGAUGGGGCCAAUAAAAUGGUGAAGGCUUACACAGACUCCCAGGGCAGCCGCGAGGCCAGAGAGAGCCUCUCUGAGGCCAACAAGGGCUACAAAGAGUACACAGAGAACAUGUGCAUGUUGGAGAGCGAGCUGGAAAACCAGCUGGGAGAGUUCCAUGUGAAAAUGAAGGGUCUAGCAGGAUUUGCACGGCUCUGUGCUGGAGACACAUAUGAAAUCUUUAUGAAGUAUGGGCGGCAGCGCUGGAAGCUGAAGGGAAGGAUUGAGAUCAACGGCAAGCAGGUGUGGGACAGCGAGGACAUGGUCUUCCUGCCUCUCAUCACAGAGUUUCUAUCAUUAAAGGUGACAGAGCUGAAGAGCCUGGCCAAUCACGUGGUGGUGGGGAAUGUGUCGUGUGAGACCAAGGACCUGUUUGCUGCUCUACCCCAGACAGUGGCCGUGGACAUCAAUGACCUGGGGACCAUCAAACUGAGUUUGGAGGUCACCUGGAACCCCUUCGACAAGGAUGACCAAGCCUCGACCACAAGCACGGUCAACAAACCCCCCACGGUGAACAAACGCUUCUCCACCUACAACCAGAGUCCUCCUGAUACCCCCUCCCUACGGGAACAGGCCUUCUAUACUGCUCCGAGGAGCCUGUCGAGGAGCAUGAUGCCCCCCAAACAGCGCUGGUCCCUGCUGGAUGUGUUUCGUGACACACUGGCUGAGAGACUGUCUCAGAGCUGUUCCUGCAGCGACGUCUCCUCAGUCCACCUGGCCUCUGCUAACAUGCAGACUGACAACAUGCUGAGGAGGCAGGAAGAGAUGGAGAAUGGCACAGCCUGGUCUAACUCCUCUGAGUCAUCAGAUGACUCAUCCAGCCCUCAACUCUCCCUGGGGCUGCGUCACGCCAACAAGAACCUGGUCCAGCCAGAGGUCAAGGCAGCCACACCCUCCAUUGAAAUCUCCUUUGCCCUCCGAGACACUGCCACCUCCACCCCUACCCGCUCAGCCAAACCGGAGGAUGUGCAGGAGGAGACGCAGAAGGAGGAGUCAGACACUGGAGCAGCGGGGAAACAGGCGGUGCCUAACGGUCACGCCCGCUACUCACGCUCACUCAGCCAUAUCAGUGAGAACAGUGCCGAUGGUGUACUGACGGACAGGUCAACCAGCGAAUUUGUGGAGCCCUCUGAGGUCACCUCCCUGCAGUCUGGGAUCUCUAUAAAUGAUAUUGAGAUGGGGAUGCCUGCCAGGGCAGAGUCUGCCCUUAUUCCAGGAGAGACUGUGGUGGUCAGGGACACCUCUAAGCUACCUGCCCCAGCUACUGUGACCAUGGAGGAGAGCAGGCCGGAGAGCAGGUAUUCUGCAGUGUCUAUAGAGUCGGACACUGGGUUAGAGGUUGUUUCAGGGGCUGUUUCAGAAGUAGAGCCAGAACUCCAGAGCUCUGCACCCACUAGGACUGAUGCUAUGUCUCAGCAAGGUGCCUCUCUGAAUCCCAGGCCAGACUCACAAGCACGGACCCAGAGCACAGAGGGCAUAUCAUACAGUGUCCACAGGGCAGUGGUGGUGGAGGAGGCCAAGACGCCUGGGGCUGUAGUAGAGCCCAGGCCAACAGAGGGUGAGAAGCAGCAGGCUGUGGACAGUGGAGUUGAGGAAGCCCUGAGUGCAGUCAUCUCCUCUCUGGAUGACUACAGGGGACAGUUUCCUGAGUUACAGGUCCUGGAGCAGGAGUUACAACUACUGGAGGAGACAUUAACAGGCCGCACCUGCAGUCGUUCGUCCAGUGUCCAGAGUCUGACGGUGGAGACGGCCCUGGGCAGCUUUGACUUUCUCAACACCUCAGACCUGGAGGAUGAAGAGGAGGAGAACGGGGAGAAGAGGAGUGUGACGGACAGUGAGCGCCACAGUGCCCCCGGCAGGCCGUCAGAGGAGAGUGCAGAGGGAGAUGAAGAUCGUGAGAAGAGAUGCUGGGAGUCCACCUCCUCUGGACCUGUGAGCACUGGCUGCCAGGCUCUAGACCACGCCCUACUGGUUCAUCUGAAGAAUUGCAGCGCCCAACUUCUGAGGCUGGGGACCUUUGGGCCUCUGCGCUGUGGGGAGAUGUAUGCUCUGGACCGCCUGCUCAGGGAGGCCCGAGUCCUCGAGCUUAUCAGACACGUUGCCAAGGAGACCCCUGGAGGAGCCACUCAGCCAGAUGAGGUGGUUCCCCAGUUAGAACAGUGCCAAGGGGCAACAUUGCUAUGGCAGCAGUGUACAGACAAUGGCAGUGUGUACAGCACCUCCACAGAGGCUUUCAUCACAACACUGGCUGCUGCUUACACCAACAGACUGCCCGAGAGAGGAGCCAGCCUGGCAGACACAGUGUUCUUGCGUCUGGUGGAGAGGAUUCUGGAGAGGAGGCUGCCAAAGCGUAGGGACGGGGCAGCUAGAGAGAUGCUGACCCUCUUCCAGUUCUGGAGCUACCUGGAGGCAGAGGGAGUGAGCGAGCUGGACACACACAUCACUGAACUGGCAGAGGAGGUGUGGCUGGUUCAGAGCCUGCAGUCAGGAGACCAGGAGGUGCUGGUGAAGGCCCUGAAGAGGCCACCAGAGAGCAGCCUGAAGAGGGAGGGGCUGCAUGCUGUCAGCCUGCUGCUCAGGGACCCGCGGGGGAAGGUUUCUGCCUCAGCUAGCUCCCUGCUACGGAGCCUAGCCAACCAAACACGCCAUCGAGAGAGGGCCCUGGUAAGCUGUCUGGAGCUUCUGGAGAAUGAGAGCGUGGAGACGAGAGUGUGUGGCUGUAAAGCACUUGCAUGUCUGAAGGCCAAAGAGAGCAUUGAACAGCUGAUCUAUCUCUGUCGAUCGGACAAGGAGGAUGUGCGGGAUGCUGCUAAACAAGCUCUGCUGGUGCUUGGUGAGGAGGGGAAGUUGGCACACAGACACGUUGAGAUAUCUCUGCAGGAAGGAGUGCCAUGCCUCUUCUCCCCUGGCAGCAUGGCCAGCACCGCCUUCUAACGCCACCACAAAGGAAUACUGAUACCCUCAUGCUAAUGUCAACACACUAUUACAGAACCAUUAUCAUGCCACACACACACACUGUCAAAGAGGGUGCAAUACACCCAGAUGCAAAAAGGAUGCUGACUGUCAAAUGCACUCACUAACAAUGGGAUGACAUCUACAGCUUGACAUAAAGUCAGUGAACUAAACUCGCAUAUAUUACCAACCUGUGUGUAAUGUAAGUGACAACUGCUCAUGAAGAACUGUGGAAUUGUAGACGCGAUGAAGAGGGGUGGAAAGUAUUUUACUGCCUUACAGUACAUUUUGGCCUGGUGGUGUUGCCUUCUGAAUCAUGUAAGCAUAGCUGGGAUGAUGAAUGGAUGGAAGGACACAAUAAUCAUUGUGUCAGAUCAUGGCAUGGAUAGAACAAAGUGGGAAAGUAAUAUGUUGACUUUUCGGGGGAAAUGCACUUUUGAUCUGCGGUAUUUGUAAUGAAGCUGGUUGGUGAUGGUCUGUGUGGAGAAUAUCUGUGUGUGGAAGGAGUACUGAAGUAAGUCAUGGGGAUGGAAGGUAUUUGGUUGUUCCUCAGGAGAUGAUGGUGGUGCAGUUCCACACUCUAGGACCAGUCUGAUGAGGAGCUUGUUGCCGGCCAGGGAGAAGAAGUCUGGGAAAACAGUUAUGACAGUGCCAUCAUUCCAUACUAUCAUUAUAUGCUUUAUGUAAAUAUAUAUUCCACUGGAAGUGUACAUGUUAAAUAAUUGUGUUGUAAUUCACUUGCUAUUGUUGAAACAAUCUACUGUAAGUAAAUUCAUCAUGCACUUCCUGAGACUCGUGCCACUUGCGAUAUAACUGAAAAUUAUUUCAGCUGUAUGGGUGGUGGAGUUCUUUUUUAUUAUCAUUUAUUAUUGAAAACUUAAAACUGUGGUGGACUUUGCCUUUUUGGAGCAGAAAACUUCUCACUGAAACAGACAACCAAACUGCUUGUACUGGCCACCUGCUGGCCAUAAAGUGUGGAAUCAGGGUGGGACGAGAACCUGCAUUCAUUCUAUAUUAUUUACUUUGCAGAUUCAUCCGUUUUAUUCAGAGGAGGCUGGUGGAAGGAGCUAUAGGAGGACGGGCUCAUUGUAAUGGCUGGAAUGGCAUAACGGAGUCAAACGUGGUUUCCAUAUGUGUGAUACCUUUCCAGUUAUUCCAUUCCAGCCAUCACAAUGUACCCGUCCCCCUAUAGCUCCUCUCACCAGCCUCCUCUGGUUUUAUUAUAUAGGACUUAAUAACAAUGGACAACUUAAAAAGCUUCUUCAGAGUAUAAGUGCCUCAAGUUAAAGUGGAGAGCGGUAUGAGACAUGAGAUGAAAUACUUUAAGUAUGAAGAGAUUCAGUGUUAAUACAAACACUGCAGCAAAGUAUAUUUUCCUUAUGACUCAAAUUGUGCAGCAAAAUAAGUGAUUUUCUUUAGAUUUCUUUUUUUCUAUAGAAGUAUAUUGUCUGGCAAAUAUCUUGCCUGGCAUCAAAUGUAAACAAAUUAUUAAUAAAAAUGUGUUCAAAAUUGA